CGAUAACUAACCGAACUGUGAUUUUGACGUCAAAUUCUACUUGUAAUCUUGUUUCAAAUUCCUGUUUGCAAAUGUACCAGGCAAAACCAUGGAGGAGCACAAGAGUCGCCUGGGCUACACAUUCUUUAUGCUGACAUUCUUCCUAUGCGGAUCUAUAAUCUUUCUCAUUGGUUUCUAUCCGGCUUCGUAUUCAUUUUCAGCUGAAAAGGAGAACUCUAUUCCAAGUGAUCGACCGAAAGUGCUCCAUGGCCUCAAAUUGGAGCCGCCACCUCCUAGCUAUGACUCCUUUAUAUUGUUGGUGAUUGACGCCUUGAGAGAGGAUUUUCCCAAUGCCACAACAAUGCCGGUUGCCUAUGAACGGGCAUGCGAGAAACUGAGUCUGCAUGUGGACAUACCCACAGUGACCAUGCCACGUCUGAAGAGCAUCACUACCGGCACCUUGUCCAAUUUCAUAGACAUUGCGUUGAAUGUGGGUCAUACCGAGCAACUGGAUGAUUCGUUGUUACAUCGUCUGAAGAAGCAGAAUCGUGUGGCCACUUUUGCCGGUGAUCACACCUGGAUACAACUAUUUCCGACCGAGUUUACCAGGCAUCGUGCCAACAAUGACUCGUUCUAUGUCAAUGAUUUCUACGAUGGCGAUAAACGGGUCACCGAAUCUUUAAAUUUGGAAUUGAAACGAACUGAUUGGACUUUGAUGGUUUUGCAUUAUCUUGGCCUGGAUCAUAUAGGACAUGUGGAAAGCCAUGCCAGCCCAAAGAUUAUCCCCAAACUAAAUGAAAUGGAUGAAGUGGUCAAACGUAUUGUAGAAUAUAAGAAUUUGACCAAUUAUCUGCUGAUGCUAACGGGAGAUCACGGUAUGGCGGAUGGUGGUGGCCAUGGCGGCAAUACUCCACAAGAGACAGCGGUGCCCCUUUACCUGUACUCCAAGAACUGCAGCCAAUCCAAAUCCAGCUCCAAGCUGCAUCGCUAUAACCAAAUUGAUUUGACCCCCACUUUAUCGAUUCUACUGUCUGUUGAGAUACCCACAAUGUCCAUUGGUUGUCUCAUUCCCGAGAUGUUGCAAUCUCUGAGCAAAGAGCAGCAAUUGUAUGCCUAUUUCUAUAAUGCACAUCACUUGAUGAAUCGUGCACGGGUAAGACUUGGCCAUGAUCAAGUGCAUAAUACUGAUUACUAUGGCUGGUAUCAAGAGGCUACUCAAAAGCACAAGCAAGUCAUUUUGGAGGAAAUUGAAUCUUCUAGCUUGGUCAAUUAUGAGACAGCAAAAUUGAAUUACAUUCGAGUGGCGGAAAAGAUUUCCGUUUUACUAUCCGAGUCGUUGAUCAAAUUUGAUUAUGGUUUCAUUGCCCUCGGUUUGGGUUUAACUACAACGGCUUCUCUUCAUUUGUUGCUUAGCGUUUUAUUCUUGGAUAUAACCGAUCAAUUGCAACUGAACAAUGUGCGUGCCUUGCAGCUACUUAUUUCUAUUGGAGCCAGCUUGGUAUUUCUUGUGAUUGGUCAUUUAAUGAACAUCAUUAUGACUAGCUCCAUGCUGUACAGUGUACUCUUGAUCGUUCCCCUAUCUAUAGCCUUUUACUUGGGACUGGACAUAGUCAGAGCCUUGGUAAAGAUUAGUUUGCCACCCUCAAGCUUUCCACGUCUGUAUUCACCACGUCGCCUAAAGUUGUCGCUACCUCUGCCCAAGAUUCUGUUCCUAUGCUAUGCUAUACGCACUUUCACCCUGGGCUCAUCCUCGUUCAUUGAGUAUGAGUACAGAACAUGGUAUUAUUUAGGCAAUACUCUUAUCUUGCUCACCGCGCUGAGGACCCUACGACGACGCAUUACCAAAGCAAAUGUGGAAUUGGAUGGCCGGCAUUUGUCGAAGAUUGCCUCAGCUUGCUUGUGGCAACAUCGCCGAAUCUUUGUAGUGCUCCUUCUGCUAAUCCUUAUGCGUUAUGUCUACAGACUUCACGUCAUUAAGAGCACCUUGAUGAUUUUCUCAUUGUUUAUUCUCUGGGCAAGAUUAAGGAAAUACAGUCAAUCGGCCCAAAGUGUAGCCACUGCAGUGGGCUUUGCUAUAAUCUAUGCAUUCCGUGGCCUCAAUGGGCAAGUGCAGUUCAUCAAUAUCUCGGAAUUUUUGGCCUCUCGCUUGGUGGUGCCCACAGUGUUGGCUUUUUGGAUAUGCUUUGCUUUAGUCUUGGUUUUGGGUUAUCGUGAGGCUUUACCACAAACGAAUCCGCCACCACAUUGGACUAGAAGUUUUGUCCUCCAACAGCUGAUGCAAACGAAUUUGGUGUGCUCUCUUAUGGUCUCCGCUCUACUAUACAAUGUCCGGAAUAUAGUUUUAUUGCCCACGCUGCUAAUUACCCUCAAUGAGACAUAUAAACUCUGCGAUGCAUUUGCCACUAGCAGCAGCUCCCACAAAUUCUCUGUACGUCUGGUCCAUGUCUAUAAGAUUAUGAUGACUAUUUUUGUGGCUCGCAUGUUUUAUUUCUAUCAAGGGAAUUCAAAUAGUUUGUCCACAAUUGAUCUGACACCAGGUUACAUUGGUCAGAGUAGCUAUAAUCCUGUUAUUGUGGGUCUCUUUGUGACCAUUCACACGUAUGGCGCUGAAAUACAUUCCUUUCUCUACCUCAUUAUACAUACACUACGCACAUCGGAUUUGCGUGGUGUUGGCAUCAUGCAAAUGAAACCGGCUUAUUCAACUGCAGCGGAUAGCUUGGUGGUUCCACUCUAUGCCACAUUGAUUGUCCUACCCGUGGCAUUCUAUCUAUGCCUGAUGGUCGGCUUUCGUUAUCAUCUUUUCAUCUACUCUGUGUUCUCACCCAAGGUGCUCUAUGAUUGCUACACGGUGCUUGUCUUUUACAUAGUAUUUUUAAUGACGAGUUUGUACUUAAAAUUGUUUAAAAAUUACAGUUAAAACAAAUAUAUAUAUAUGUAUAUGUAUGCUUAUUUCAACAAAUUAAACCAAAGAACCAGAAAUUCUACAUAAUCUAA